CGCCAACUGACCUGCUCUCGCCACUUCUCUUCAACUGUCCUUUGCUUUAUUUCCACACAGACCGUCAUUCUGAGCAGGACGGCAACUGAAAGAGUUCACUCUCUUGUCUACAAAUUUCCAUAUCUCACUCUCUCAAACCGAAUGAUACCUUUUAUCUGCUUCGCGUUUUCUUGAAGCAACACACUUUCUCUGGCACAGGAUGUGCGCUUGCCAUAAUGGCACCUCAUGAGAUGUCGAUUUCACUACAUCUCACUCUUCCGGUCGGAGGUUACGAAGUCACAGUGACGAACUCAGAUGAUAUUGAUAAUUCCUUCGUGACUUUCAUUUGUUAAGUUUUAACGUCAGAUCCUAGACACUCGAGUAUUUCACAAUAAGAUCGAGUUUCCAGCACACGCCACCCCUGAGCCUGGAAACUCUACGAUGCAACCUACCACAAGCACAUCAACGUCAUUUCCGCUAUUUAUCAAGCUUCCAAGAGAGCUUCGAUGCGAGAUCUGGAAACAAUCCAUAAAGAACGAGGCAAGGGUGUUUUACCCAAAGUUCUAUGACGAUGAUCACGACUUACAGCAAGUCAACUUUCCUCACAAAUUACCCUCCAUUCGUCAAGUAUGCUGCGAGGCUUACCAGGCGUCCCAAACUUGUGGUAUUUUCAUCUUUGGAAGACUCAAAACAAUCCGAAAAGCGCCUUGGUUUGGAAUAUUCAGCGAUAUCAUUCACGACCCUGACGACCCUGACGACCUUGACUACGACUUCGAACGGCACUUCAACCCUAACGACGCUUACGACUAUCAGAGAGUUAUGCGUGUCGCUCGUAAAAUUGCAGUGGAUUGGCGUCGUGGGAUGAUAGUCAGAAAUCUCCUCGCACGGGUGGCACGUUCGUAUCACCAUUGUCAGACACUCUUCUUGGUUUUUGGUCGGUACAAUGAGCCCUCCGGCGACGUCACCUUCUUUACCAUCCCGGACAAUGAAAUCCUAGAGUGGGGUAUAAAGAAAGAACAUGAGACGUGGGGUGAAAUGAAGGAGGAAACCAUGAGCGCAUGGAGGGAUGAAGGAUUGCUCAAUGAGCUCGGCAUCACAGAGGCAACCCUCCCGAAAAUUUAGGCCGUGGAGGCUCAUUCUGUUCGUAAGGGAUCCAGAAGAUGAAUAAUCUACAGUAUGCAAGCAAUUCAGCUAGGAAUCGCGGAUUCAACUAAUGAUGCUUUUCAACCCCAAGUUCUUCUUUACCAAUGUUCUUGAUAUAUGUCGUCGGAUAUCGGCCUUCUCUCAGUUGGCCCCAGAAUAGUAGAAACUGUCAAAGUUUUAGCCAUGUAUUAUAGAUAGUCACUUACAGUGAAUCGGCUCAUGCUUGAAAGGUAGUCCUUAGGGAGCAAGAAAACUUCUGAC